AUACGCAUAAAUAUAAAAUGAUUUUGCAAUCAUCGUGAUGUGAUAUAUAAAUGAAGUUGGCCGUAGUCUGUGACAUACAGUUAUGUGUAUUGAACAUGUAUAUUAAUUAUAUAAUUAUAAAUUAGAAUAAAUAUGUUAUAUUUCGAGAGUUUAGUGUUGCUAAUAAAAGAUAAAGUCACCUUAAUAAUUAAUUGUAACAACGACAGUUGUUUCUUCACACACUGAAAAGAACGAAUAAAGAUAGGGCAGAAACUUUUUACUUAUUAAUUAAUUACUCACAAUAUUUAACACCGCUUUACUUAGCAAACAACCUAGAACAUCCUUGGAUUUUCUAUAGGUAAUCAGUUUAUUAGCAGACGAUGCAAAUUUAUUAAUUUAAAGAAGAUAACUUUAUUUACAAAAUUAACAUAUAACGUAAAGCCAACCGUUCCUCUUACACAUACUUAUUCAGUUAUAAAGUGAGACUGUUAGUUUAAAAUGCAGUGGUUUAAAAGAAUAUACUUGCUGUACUUCUUUGGCUUUCUUCUAAAUUUCCGACCUAUAGAUCCAAUUCUGUACAAAUAUUUUCUUGUACACAACAAUCUUACAAAUUAUGAAGUAGGUUACAAAAUCCUGCCAAUUGUAACUUACAGUAGCACAGUGAAUUUUGUAUUGAUGUUUUUUUUGUCUGGCCUUUGUUGCUUUAAGGUGCUUUUAGCAAUUUCAUCUGUAUCUGCCAUUUUGUCUACGUGUAUUAGGGCCUGGAGUUACUCAUACGAGGAAGUUGUACUGUCAGAAGUAUUUCGAGGAACGUCAUCAGCAACAGAAAUUGCCUACUACAUUUACGUUUAUAGUUAUUACGAUGUCGAACAUUACCAGCGCGAAACAGCAUUUGUAAGAAUUUUUGCUUUAUUAGGAAAGGCGCUGUCAGCAAUGUUGGCACAACAUUCUCUCAGUCAAAAGUGGUUACGAUACGAACAACUAGAAUAUGUGCAUCUAGCAGCGGUGGCUUUAGCCACUAUUUCCAGCUUUUUAUUGCCAGCUGCCAAAGAAAACGUGUAUGAACUCUCUCCGUCGUUAAGUGCUAAUAAAAACUGCUCAUACAAAAUAAAAGAAACAAUUUCUAACUUUAUGGCAAACUUCUUCCUGUCUUUUAAUCAAAACUACAUAGCACGAUGGUCUUUCUGGUUCGUAUGGUCAAUCUGGAGCUACAAUCUAAUAUCGACUUUCAUUCAACCAUCGUGGGAAAAAUUACAUCGUAGCGCAUACAAUGGACACGUCGAAGCUUGUGUGGCCAUUUUGUCGUUCUUCGCAGUGUUGCUAGUCGCAUUUAGGAAUAUCAACUGGAAGAAGAGGACCGUCAUCAUAAUGCCACUACUUACGGGGUUUCAGUACAUUAUCUUACUGAGUGGAAUGGCGUUCAGUAAUGGAUUUAUUUUAUUCAACUACAUAAGUUAUAUUAUGUUUGCAGUGAUUCAUUUCUUUGUUGUUACGGCAAUUAGCGCGGAAAUUGCCAAAACUCAACUAAAAUAUUGUUUUGGGUUAGUUUUCGGUUUUCUUUAUAUGACUGCAGGUAUUUUAAAUACGGUCAUGGUAUGUGUGGUCAAUGACAGUAUUGCUCCUUAUAAAUUUAAAACGGAAGGGCAGUUUUUUGUUUAUUUUAUAGUUUUUGUUGUGAUAUUUGUUGUAUUUUUUGCGGCAUCCGAAAUUAAAAAGCGAAUUGUUACAGUUGUAAGUAGACAUCAAUAAUAAUAAAAAUGAUAAAUGAAGGAGACUCACUCUCAGUGUUGUAUAUGCUGAGUGGACGCUUAAAAUAAAUGGUCUAAAGUAA